AGCCAGGGCAGUGGCGCGGUUGCCCUUUUAAGCCGCGGAACCGCUGCCGCCGCCCCCUGCGUGUGGAGUCGGUUACAAAGGGCGCUGUCGACGAGGCCUCGGCACUCCCCGCCAUUUUCAAGCCCCGAUCCGACGCGGGUCGCGGCGGCCGGGAGAGGCGGAGCCGCAAGAGCGCGGCCCGGGCCGGCCCCGCGGGGCGGUCGCGGCCGUGACGGCGGCUCCGGGUCCGGCUCCCCUCCCGUACCCCUUCCGCCGGAGAUGAAGGGAAGAUGUCCGUGUCAGGGCUCAAGGCCGAGCUUAAGUUCCUGGCGUCCAUCUUCGACAAGAACCACGAGCGAUUUCGCAUCGUCAGCUGGAAGCUGGACGAGCUGCACUGCCAGUUCCUGGUGUCGCCGCCGCCCGCGCCGCCCGGCAGCUUGCACUCGCCGCCGCCUCUUACCCUCCACUGCAACAUCACGGAAUCUUAUCCAUCUUCUUCACCAAUAUGGUUUGUGGAUUCCGAUGACCCAAAUCUGACAUCGGUGCUGGAACGGCUAGAAGAUACUAAAAACAAUAAUUCGCUUCGUCAGCAAUUGAAGUGGUUGAUAUGUGAACUCUGCAGAUUAUAUAACCUUCCUAAGCACCUGGAUGUUGAGAUGCUAGAUCAACCACUACCCACGGGUCAGCUCUGGCAAGUUCUUUCUCCAUUUCAGAAUGGGACAACAGAAGAAGUGACUUCUGAAGAGGAGGAGGAGGAAGAGAUGGCUGAAGAUAUAGAAGACUUGGAUCACUAUGAGAUGAAAGAAGAAGAGCCUAUUAGUGGAAAAAAGUUGGAGGAUGAAGGAAUUGAGAAAGAAAAUUUGGCAAUAUUAGAGAAAAUUAGGAAAACACAAAGGCAAGACCAUCUAAAUGGUGCAGUGUCUGGGUCAGUGCAAGCUUCAGAUAGACUUAUGAAAGAGCUCAGGGACAUAUACAGAUCACAGAGUUAUAAAACAGGGAUUUAUUCAGUGGAACUCAUAAAUGACAGUUUAUAUGACUGGCAUGUUAAACUGCAGAAGGUUGAUCCUGAUAGUCCUUUGCACAGUGAUCUUCAGAUCUUAAAAGAAAAAGAAGGCAUAGAAUAUAUUUUGCUUAACUUCUCCUUUAAGGAUAACUUUCCAUUUGAUCCUCCAUUUGUUCGAGUGGUAUUACCGGUUCUCUCGGGAGGGUAUGUGUUGGGUGGAGGAGCAUUAUGUAUGGAACUUCUCACAAAACAGGGCUGGAGCAGUGCCUACUCAAUAGAAUCGGUCAUCAUGCAGAUCAAUGCCACCUUAGUUAAAGGCAAAGCCAGAGUGCAGUUUGGUGCAAAUAAGAAUCAAUAUAAUCUAGCAAGAGCCCAACAAUCCUAUAAUUCCAUUGUACAGAUACAUGAGAAAAAUGGCUGGUACACCCCUCCAAAGGAAGACGGCUAAAUGUGUCUACUGUCAUAUGUUUGGACCAAUGUUGCUUUAAAGAAAAUGUCUCCAACAUGGCAGACACAAGCUUUGAGUGCCCCUAUAGCAGCAGUUACCGAAGACAUUAGCUAAUAGAUGUUUUAGUGGAUAAUCUGUUAACUUACAUCCAAUAUAAGUUACAGCCUUUUCAUUUUGCUCAUCUUAGGUAUCUUGGACUGAGCAGUGGGGCCUUGACUGCAUUUUUCCUGAUAAAUACAAAUACUGGCCACUUCUUACCACUUCUUUUUCUUGAAAAGUAAAACCUUCUAAGUGGACAAGUCAGCAUCAAGUUAGUAAAGUUGUGAACCAUUUUGGGUAACUUUCCUGUAUUGAGCCCAUGGAUUACAAGGACUUGCAAUAUAUUGUUUCAUUUAGAGCCAAUAAAAGUUUAAUCGUUGUUUAAUAUUGGUUUAUAAAAGUCUUCUAAAUCACCGUAGCUUUUUCAGGUCUAAAUCUCAAACCAUUUUAUGAUACUGCCAAGAUAAUGACAGGAAACCUACUCAUUAAAUUAAACUUUUUUCUGGCUAUAUGAACCAUUUCCCGAAAAUACACUCUUAAUUGGUUUGUAGUGUACUUUUUUAGGUAAAGCAAAAGAAGGUUGUGGCACUUCAGACUUUUGAGUAGUAAUUUCCACUGGGGCAUCAGAGUCUUGCUGGGCUGAAUCUGCUACUUUUUGGUUCAGUAUUCUUUAUGAAGAAGAGCUGCAGUACAGAGCCUGAAGUUAUUUAAAAUACUAAGUCAUUUUACUUGUCCAUUUUAUUAAUGGGAUGUUGCAAUCAUUUGUAAACUAAUAAACUUAUAAAGUGAUUGGCACAAAGACAGACUCCUUGAGCAAAAGCUGCACAGUUAAGCAAAAAAGAUAUCUAAUUUGAAGACUCUUAAAAUUUGUUGCCAUAGUUAUAACAAUGGCUUUUACACUGAAAGACUAAUGGGAAAUCAACAUGUUAAUUCUUUUAUAAAAUCCGAUUAAAAUCAAUGUACUUUC